AAAGGUAUUUUAGAAUACCUUAUUUGGGUGAAGUAAGUUAAUGGUCGGGAGUGACUCUCUCUCUCUCUUUACGAGAGAAGGUCUAUUACAUAGUGCAAACACUAUUGGGCGCAAACUAUUCGAACUCGAACGUGUUGAUGCAAGCUCACUGCCACUUGCUCGCUGCACCACCGAGCCACUCGAAUAGCUGCGGUUAUGUUAUCACCUCACUCUUAUUUAAGCUUUCAUUUCUUGCGUUUCAUCUUAAGUACGUACGCUAGUAGUUAUUGUGCAUGCGUCUUAAUAUGUUGUUCAUCAAUUAUUUUAAACUUCUAAAAUGCUGAUAAAAUAAUUACUUGAGCUUUAAGCAAACCUUUUCCACUUUUUAGUAUAUAGACUUAAGUAGAUGAGGUGGUUUAAUCACCAAGACAAUGUAACUAAAGACUCGUUCAAUGCAAGUUAAACCAAUCAAACACACACAACUAACAAAACUCAUUUCUAAAUUAAGUAAACACAUCCUGAACACACUCACCAUACACAAAAACUCAACACACUCACCAUAUUCCUUCAAAACAAAAACCAAAAACAAAAUAUAAAUCAAGAAACCAAAAAGAAAACAUUCCAGUCAUUGAAUCGGAGAUAAGCAAUCUCCGACACUCUUUCCUUCAAUGCCGAUAACGAAACCGCUCGGAUCAAACACAACUCUUCGAUCUCAGCCACCACAACAGUACAGUAAACCGCCACUCUUUGUAAUCCUAACCGUGAUCCUCCUCGUCGUCUUCUUCAUCGGUUUCUGCGCUCUCUAUUUCUGCAAGUGUUUCUUCCACACUGUCUCACAUGCCUGGGAUAGCCGUUACGGCAACAGAUCACCCGGAAAUCAAAUCCAAUCACAACAAGAAAACGCCAGCCAACCACCGGUUAACCCCGGUUUAGAGCCGCAUAUCAUCCAGUCCUUCCCAUUGUUUCCAUUCUCCUCGGUGAAAGAUCUUAGAGAAGAUAACCAAGGACUCGAAUGCGCGAUUUGUCUUCUCGAGUUCGAAGAAGAACACAUCCUCCUACGGCUUCUAACAACAUGCUACCAUGUUUUUCAUCAAGAAUGCAUCGACAGAUGGCUUGAUUCCAACAAAACAUGCCCUGUUUGUCGCCGAAAUUUAGAUCCAAACGCUCCUGAAAACAUCAAAGAGUUGAUCAUUGAAGUCAUACACGAAAACAGCAACGGGAACCACGAGCAACCUUCAACAUCAAACGAGGUUUCGUUGUCGAGGCAGAGUAGUAGUAGUGGUAUGACCGAGCCUUUACCGGAUAAGUUUUCGAGGUCGAAGACGACGGGUCAUUCGAUUGUGAGGAAUAAGCCGGAGGAAGAAGAUCGGUAUACUUUGAGAUUACCGGAUCAUGUUAAGAUAAAGGUUACGAGAAGACAUAAUAAUAACCAAACCGAGAGUUGUAUUUCGUUUGGUGAGCUUAUGAGAAACAGACAAGGCCGGUUUGGUGAACUCUCUGGUCAAUCACUUGUACCGGAAUCCCAAAGUUAAAAGAAGAUUUACAAUUUUUAUUGUAUUUUGUUAGUAGGAUACAAGAUAUCUUUGUCUAAUGAUGAUGACUGAAGAAUGAAACACGCUUAGAUUCACUAUUCCAUUCAGAAAAAGAAAAAAGUAUAGAUUAUGAUAUACCGAUUCAAUUAUGACUAUUUAUGAUUCCAUGAUUGAAUCAAUUACAUAAACUAGAUGAAUCAAUAUUAUUAAUUCAGAGUUUAUGGCCAAACAUAUGAAUAUUGAAUUGUUUUUGUCAAUUAAGACAGAGUUUACUUUUUCACUUUUUCAAGGAAUCUAAUAUUGGAACAAUAAGAUACUUGAAAACAGCUAUAUUGGAACAAUAAGAUACUUGAAAACAGUAAGAUACCUGCAAAAUAUGAACGAAAUUGAUGGUCUUACAAAAAAAACAUAUGAAUAUUGAAUUGUUUUUGUCAAUUAAUAUAACACUAGAUUUCCACCCGCACAACCGUGCGGGUAUAUAUUUUUACAUUUAUAUAUAUAGAUAUUUGUUUUACAUAAUUAUUAUAUAUUUUUAAUGUUACUCACAUAUUUAAAUGUUUGUAUAAUUAUACCAAAUAUAAUAAUUUUAUAGUUUUCAUGCUGUAAAUUAAAAUCAUCACAUAUGUAUGUUGCUUAUUGUAUAUUUGUCCUAUUGAAUUUGCGUUUGAUUACUAAACUUUCAUUUUUAAUGCAUCAAACAACAUAUACUUAAACAAUUUUGUAUUUAAUUUAUUAUAGUCAUGAUCCGUAAUUCAAAUCACUUGAUUUUUUUAGUAAUUUUUUAAUGUUUAUUAAUUUUAUAUAAUAAAUUACUG